AUGGAGAAGGAGAUGGAGAAGGAGAUGGAAAAGGGGGAGAAGGAGAUGGAGAUGGAGAUAAAGAAGGAGAUCGAGAAGAUGAAGAAGGAGAUGGAGAUGGAGAAGGAGAUGGAGAUAGACAUGGAGAAGAAAAUGGAGAAGGAGAAUGAGAUGGAGAAAGAGAUGAAGAAGGAGAUGGAGAUGGACAUGGAGAAGGAGAUGGAGAUGGAGAUGGAGAAAGAGAUGGAGAAGCAGACGGAGAAGGAGGAGAAGGAGCUGGAGAAGGAGGAGCUGGAAAAGGAGACGGAGAAGGAGAUGGAGAAAGAGAUGGAGAAGAUGGAGAAGGAGAUGGAGAUGGAGAAGGAGAUGGAGGAGAAGGAGAUAGAGAAGGAGGAAAAGGAUGAGAAGGAGAAGGAGAAGGAGGAGAAGGAGAUGGAGAAGAUGGAGAAGGAGAUGGAGACGGAGGUAGAGAUGGAGAUGGAGAAGGAGAUGGAGAAGGAGACGGAGAAGGAGAUGAACAUGGAGAAGGAUAUGAUGAAGGAGAUGGAGAUGGAGAAGGAGAUGGAGAUGGAGGAGAUGGAGAUAGAGGAGAACGAGAAGGAGAUGGAGAAGAUGGAAAAGGACAUGGAGAAGGAGAUGGAGAUGAAGAUAGAGAAGGAGAUGGUGAUGGAGAAUGAGAAGGAGAAAGAGAUGGAGAAGGAGAAGGAGAUGGAGAAGGAGAUGGAGAAGGAGAUGGAGAAGGAGUUUGAGGAGAUCGAGAUGAAGAUGGAGAAGAUGGAGAAGGAGAUGGAGAAGGAGAUGGGGAUGGAGAAUAUGGAGGAGAAGGAGAUGGAGAAAGAGAUGGAGAUGGAGAAGGAGAUGGAGAAGAUGGAGAAGGAGAUGGAGAAGGAAAAGGAGAUGGAGAAGGAGAUGAAGAUGGAGAAGGAAAGGAGGAAGGAGAUGGAGAUGGAGAAGAAGGAGAAGGAGAUGGAGAUGGAGAAGGAGAAGGAUAUAAAGAAGGAGAUGAAGAAGGAGAUAGAGAUGCAGAAGGAGAUGGAGAAGGAGAUGGAGAUGGAGAUGGAGAAGAUGGAGAUGGAGAUGGAGAAGAAGAUGGAGAAGAUGGAGAAGGAGAUGGAAAAGAUGGAGAAGGAGAAGGAGAUGGAGAAAGAGAUGGAGAAGGAGAUGGAGGAGAAGGAGAAGGAGGAGAAGGAGAAGGAAGGGAAGGAGAUGGAGAUGGAGAAGGAGAUGGAGAUGGAGAAGAUGGAGAAGGAGAUGGAGAUGGAGAUGGAGAUGGAAAUGGAGGAGAUGGAAAUGGAGAUGGAGAAGGAGAUGGAGAUGGAGCAUUAG